AUGGCUCAAAGGUGUGAUCACUGCGUGGAUCCGGGUGAUAGCUUUAAGCUGAUGGCGACCCGACACACGGAGGAACCGUCCUCGGAUGACAUUUCGGAAGGCUCUGAGUUCACUAGUGGACCAGUUGGGCCGCGAACGGGUGGCCCCUUUGGACCACCAACCCCGCGACCAGUGCAGGACGAGCAGCCCCUUUCGCAUCACCUGUCGCAUUCGGUCUUCACGGCGCUCCAGCAGAGGGGUAUCACGCUGCGAAGUGCUUUGACAGUGAUACCAUGGGGAUUGGAAGGCUGCACUGAUGUGACCAUUGAGGUAAGGCCGCUCACGCCAGGAGACACCUUUCAUCCCAAUUUGUUGCAUUUUGAAGAUGAUCCUCCCCAGGAUGAGCACACUGCAGAUGAUGCGGAGGUCUUCCUGCCCGGGCCCACCUCCAAUGCCUCCAUUGCUGUGAUGGCUGUGGGUGCUGGCACUACAGCACCGACCACGACAAGCAUGGUCUCGGGGAGCACGGCAGCAGCCUCGACGACAGUGAUGCCGGCUAGCACAAUGAUGACGAGCGCCCGACCCAUGCCAAAGUCGAAGGCUGAACCACGUGCCAACACAAACCGGAAGCUGGAGCCUCAUUUGCCCUUGCAGCCCUCACUUGAUGUGCUGCCUGAGACCACUGCCGACGUGAAGCUAGUGAAGCAGGCGGGGUCGCACUCCGGUGAGUUCGUCUAUGGCAGGAAGUGCGAACGAUGCACUCGAAAGGACACCCGCCCGACAAGGCUGGUGCCCCGACAGCAGCAACGGCUUCGCAUAGUCACUUGGAACUGCGGAGGCCUUUCUGGGCCGCGCUACCACGAGGUGAUCACCUGGUUGCGUGACGAGCAUCAGGCUGGCCGCACGGUGGACAUCUGCUGCCUUCAAGAAACCCAUUGGAAGGAGGAGAUGGAAUAUACCACCGCUGACGAGGCAGGUGAACUUGCUUGGCACGUCGUACACUAUCCUGGCAAGGACUCUUCGGGUCUAAUGUGCUUAGUCCGUGCCGGACUGGUCCCACCCACACAUAUCCGCACCGUAUGCCUUGUACCAGGAAGAGUUGUGCAUCUACGCCUUUGCUUCCAGGUGCCAUUGGAUGUGCUCUGCAUGUAUCAAUACUCAUGGAAUACUCAGAAGUUGGAACUCACGGGCACACAUAAAGUGGAGGCACUACUCAAGCAGAGGCGACAGAUCUGGAGGACGCUGGACCAAUGGCUUCAGGGAAUACCACAGAGACAUGGCUGUGUUGUUCUGGGUGACCUGAACACUCCUCUCAUCCCAGACGACACCGUUGCAGGAAGUGGUGUGGUUUCUGACCGUGCUGGCCAGCAACAGGACCAGCAGGAGCUCCAGGAGCUGUUGCGAAAUCACAGGUGCUGUGCCCUUAACACGUGGGCCCGACGAGGAUCCACGGCUCGAACUUUUAUUCCGCCUAGCACGAAGGGCAAGGAGCCAGGAUCUCAGAUUGACUUUGUGAUCACACGUGGCAACUUGCUCGACCCCGAAGCCAAACGGGCUAGGCCGGUGGCAACGCCGUUUGUACCUACCAGUGGAGGCCGACACAGGCCUGUCAUAGCCACAAUUCCUCUCCCCACCCGACCGACAACCAAAGCCGGCGACAAUCAUGGACUUCGUCCACGGCAGAUUCGAAAGGUCCUAGCGGACACCACAAUGGCGACCCAGGUGGGCGAGGCAGUACGGAAUCGUUUGGAGUGCAUGCAACCCACUGAUGCCAUAGAUGACCAACUACUAGAGGGGUGGCGAGCGGUUCGAGGUCAAUUUCCUACCAACGAUUCCACCCGACCUGUGCCUUGCCCCCAGCAUGCUACUCUCACGGUUUGUGUGCGGCAUCUGUGGCAACUACGUGAUGAUGUCCGUAAGGCCACUCAGACCCUUGGAACGUGGACGAGCCCGAGGCGGAUGGCCACACGAGCCUUACAGGCAUGGGUACUCCUCUUCAGAAUGAACAGUCACAAUCGCGAACUCCGCAAGGAGUGCCGGCGACGAAAGACGAACCGGAUUGAAGAGGUGGUGCUGAGUGACAAUAUACAUCAGGCAGCCAAACGGUUUGCUCCCAAGGCCCCAAGGAAGCGACUGCAACUACGAGAUGCGAAUGGCGGCAUCCAGACCCACGAGGCGGAGUUCGAACAGAUCAAGACCUACUUUGCUAAGUUGUAUGCGGGUCCGGUGCCUGAUCAGGUUGUCCUCUCCAAGGGCCCCCUCAUCUCGGUGGACGAGGUCUUGGCAGCGAUGCACCGGCUACAGGCUGGAAAGGCUAUGCCACAUAAAAGCGCACCUGCGGCUCUGUGGAAACACUUCUCCCAGGAGGUGGCUCCCAUCCUGUCUGCCCAGUUCAAUUUAUACUUGGCCCCGGGUACCACAAGCCUGCCGCGCUCCUGGUGCAUCUCCGAUCUCAUCCUCAUCCCUAAACCAGGGAAAGCUAUGAAAACACCUGGCGAUCUCAGGCCACUUUCACUCCUCUCACUGCCAGCGAAGGCUUUAGCCUCGGUUGUCGCGAGCCGGUUACAAGAAUAUGUGAUCCGGUACCUCCGGGAGGUGCCCCAAUUCGCCUAUGUACCAGGCCGGACUCUGGCACAAGCUCUUGAACGAGUAUUUGCUCACUGUGCUGCGGUGAGGGUGGCUCUCCAACAAGGACACAACACGGUCCAUGCCAAACGUCAGGGUCACAAAAUGGCUUCCAUAUGUGGUGGCUGUAUGUUGUCGCUUGACGUCUCUAAGGCGUAUGACUGUGUAUCACGACAACACUUGGAGGCUGCCUUGCGGGAUGCUGAAGUGCCAGAGUACCUCAUUGAACUUACCCUCCUCAUCCAUCACACUGCUUGUCUUCGCAUCAGUCACUGCGAGCUUGAGACAGUCCUCCCUACCUUCCGUGGCCUCAGACAAGGUUGUUCAUUGAGCCCCACCUUAUGGGCACUCCUGACCGGAUGGAUGUUACGACAGAUGGAGGACCCAGGGGUUGCUAGCAUCAUGUCGGCGAACACGACGUAUGCUGACGACCAACACUAUGCCUGGCAGGUUGGGUCUGGCCUCGAGUUGGAGGCUGCUUAUGCAGCAAUGAAACACAUCCUCCACAGCCUCCGGAGGUUCGGGCUACAAAUCAGUGCAGAUAAAACCGUGAUCCUUAUGGAACUCCGAGGGCUACAUGCACAUAAGGCUCUUCAGCGCUAUGUGGUUGACAUGCCGCAGGGGAAGUGCGUGAAGUUCCUCCUCGAUGGGGAGGCCACAUACAUCAGGAUUGUCACAAGCCAUGUCUACCUCGGAGCAGUGAUAGGAUACCACAAGUUUGAAACCGAUACACUCCAACACAGGAUGAAGCUGGCGAAGGGAGUCUACUCCAGACUGGGCAACAUCCUCAGACACCGGUCUCUUCCUCUCAGACUGCGCUUGCUGCUUUGGCAAGGCUGUGUAUGGCCCACACUGCUCCAUGCCCUGGAUAGCAGUGGCCUCCCGGGAAAGGACCUCAAUACCAUGCUUGUCCUGCUCCUCAAACAGGCUCGUUCCAUUGCCCGCUCCCAUAGUAUGCUCACGAAGGAGACCAACAGAUCUAUCAUUGAUCGCCUUCGACUUCCGGACCCCGUACGGCCCAUCACAGCUCCAGUGGCGAACGAUGGUGAGGGGCCACCUUUUUGA